AUGAUGAAUCCAACCGACUCUCAGAUUGCUUUUCGCUUACGGAAGAUAAAGACAAAUUUCGAUCGUUUGGAUGUUGACAAAGAUGGAUACAUGUCGAGAAUGGAUUUCGAACUUAUAGCAAAGAGAAUGAAUGAAUUGAGCAACGCCACUGACGAACAAGCUGAAGCAUGCCACAACGCAUUUAUGCAUGUCGCCGACACUUUUGGGUAUACACCGGGAGUUAGAAUUGCUAAAGAAGAGGCAAUUAAGUUCGGAAGUGAAGUCAUGUUGAAAAAGCCUUGGGAAGAACAAAGAGCAAUGUGUGAUAAUUUUCACAACGCUGUGUUUGACGCGGUCGACGUAAACCGCGAUGGCCACAUUUCCUUGGAGGAAUACAAAACCUACCUGCAAGCACUUGCUCCUGAUAUUUCUGAUGAAGACAAAGUGAAGUCUUUCAAUUUGAUCGAUGUCAAUCAUGAUAGUGAAAUAAGUCGCGAAGAAUUCCUCAACGCAUCGUUCGAAUAUUUUCAUGGAUUCGAAGAAAACGAACUCUCGAAAGUAUUUUUUGGACCAUUAGUACCUUGA